AACACCUUAACAAACUUUUGCGUCGUCCUUAAGUCCUCACAUACUUGAAAAAAACAGAUAUAACUAUUAUUCAUUGAAUUGAUGUUUUCUAAGAGCUUAUCUUCCCUGGUUAGAUUAUGUAAAAGGGAAAAGCAGUUCUUUGAAGUUCCAUUGAUAAGAGUGUGGGGGAAACUGAGAUAUCCUUUUGAUUUGUACUCAUGAUGAUUCCAGUUCAUGAAAUUUAAAGAAAUAACCUUAUGUAUUAAGCAAUUUAAUGAAAAUAAAGUGUGUAAAGACUCUAUACACCAAAGCGAAAAUGACUUUGGACACUUAGUGCGUUGAAUUGGAAAUAUGUACUAACUUCUCAAUCAAGACGCAGGGUGGCGCUGCAGGCUAAGAUUGUGAAUAAAGAGCCUUAAAAAGCUUGCAGAUUCGUUCGCGCUGCGAGACGGAAUCAAAAAUUUACCGAAGAUUUGCAAACAGUACGGGAUUACCAACGGGUUUGGGGAGCAAUAUACUAAACAAAUUUAAGAUUAGAAGCAAUUUUGUGACGAUUCCUUCAAGCAAGAAAUCAGAAUUUGAAUGUCUCAAGUCUUUUUGUGUUUGCUGAACGGGAUUGGCUGUAUGUACCUGGACUCCAAAAUGGAGGCACUAGAGAGAAUUCAACCAAACAGGCAAGGGGUAGCCUUUAUUUUGAUGAUGUUCUUGUCUCAGGCGCGCUCUGAGCCCCUUCGUUAUUCUGUGCGGGAGGAAACUGAGAGCGGCUCCUUUAUAGCCCAUCUGGCCAAAGACCUGGGCCUGGGAACUGGGGAACUGGCCGCCCGGUCGGCCCGGGUGGUCUCUGACGAUGACAAGCAGCGUUUGCAGCUGGAUGGUCAGACCGGAGAUUUACUUCUGAGGGAGAAACUAGACCGGGAAGAGCUAUGUGGCCCUAUUGAACCGUGUGUACUGCAUUUCCAAGUAUUCCUGGAAACACCAGUGCAAUUUUUUCAAGGAGAAUUAUCCAUCCAGGAUAUUAAUGACCACUCUCCAGUAUUCCCUGAUAGGGAAAUGCUCUUGAACAUACCGGAAAACAGUCAGCCAGGGACUCUAUUUCCAUUGAAAUUAGCUCAGGAUUUGGAUGUGGGCAGCAAUGGUCUUCAAAAAUACACGAUCAAUCCCAAUUCUUAUUUUCACGUUCUCACACGAAAUCACAGUGAAGGCAAGAAAUACCCAGAUUUGGUGCAGGACAAAACCCUGGAUAGAGAGGAACUGCAUGAACUCAGUUUAACCCUCCUGGCGCUGGAUGGUGGGUCUCCACCAAGGUCUGGGACCGUCAUGGUUCGAAUCCUGAUCAUGGAUGUCAACGACAAUGCUCCUGAGUUUGUGCACACGCCAUAUGAGGUGCAGGUCCUGGAAAACAGCCCACUGGACUUCCCAAUAGUUAGAGUCUCGGCGAGGGAUGCUGAUGCUGGAAACUUUGGAAGUGUUUCCUACAGCUUGUUCCAAGCAUCAGAUGAAAUUAAACAAACUUUCUCAAUAAAUGAAGUCACAGGAGAAAUGCGACUGACAAAGAAAUUGGAUUUUGAGAAAAUUAACUCUUACCAUGUGGAAAUUGAGGCUACGGAUGGAGGGGGCCUCUCUGGUAAAGGCACUGUAGUCAUAGAGGUGGUGGAUGUGAACGACAAUGCCCCGGAGCUGACCAUAUCUUCACUCACCAGCUCCAUCCCAGAGAAUGCUCCGGAGACUGUAGUCUCUAUCUUCCGAAUUCGAGAUAGAGAUUCCGGAGACAAUGGAAAGAUGAUUUGCUCUAUUCCAGAUCACCUGCCAUUCAUUCUAAAACCAACUUUCAAGAAUUUCUACACCUUGUUAACAGACAGUCCGUUGGACAGAGAGAAAACAGCAGAGUACAACAUCACCAUCACCGUCACUGAUUUGGGAUCACCUAGGCUGAAAACCGAGCACAAGAUAACCGUGCUGGUGUCAGACGUCAAUGACAACGCACCUACUUUCACACAAACCUCCUACACCCUGUUCGUCCGCGAGAACAACAGCCCUGCCCUGCACAUGGGCACCGUCAGCGCCACAGACAGAGACUCAGGCUCCAACGCCCAAGUCACCUACUCGCUGCUGCCGCCCCAGGACCCACACCUCCCCCUCGCCUCCUUGGUCUCCAUCAACGCGGACAACGGGCACCUCUUCGCUCUGAGGUCACUGGAUUACGAAGCCCUGCGAGCCUUCGAGUUCCGCGUGGGCGCUGCAGACUUAGGUUCCCCGGCGCUGAGCAGCGAGGCGCUGGUGCGCGUGGAGGUCGUGGACGAAAACGACAACUCGCCCUUCGUGCUCUACCCGCUGCAGAACGACUCGGCGCCCUGCGCGGAGCUGGUGCCCAGGGCUGCCAAGGCGGGCUACCUGGUGACCAAGGUGGUGGCGGUGGACAGCGACUCGGGACAGAACGCCUGGCUGUCCUACCAGCUACUCAAGGCCACGGAGCCCGGGCUGUUCAGCGUGUGGGCGCACAAUGGCGAGGUGCGCACUGCCAGGCUGCUGAGCGAGCGCGACGCCGCCAAGCACAGACUCAUCGUGCUGGUCAAGGACAAUGGCGAGCCGCCAAUGUCGACCACUGUCACGCUGCACGUGCUCCUGGUGGACGGUUUCUCGCAGCCCUACCUGCCGCUACCAGAGGUGGCCUCGGACCAGGCCCGAGCCGACUCGCUCACGGUCUAUUUGGUGAUUGCCUUGGCGUCGGUCUCCUCGCUCUUCCUGUUCUCGGUGCUGCUGUUCAUCGCAGUGAGGCUGUGCAGGAGGAACAGGGCGGCCUCGGUGGGUCGCUGCUCGGUGCCUGAGGGCCACUUUCCAGGUCACUUGGUUGACGUCAGCGGCACUGGGACUCUGUCCCAGAGCUACCAGUACGAAGUAUGUAUGACGGGAGAUUCUAGGACUGGUGAGUUCAGAUUUCUGAAGCCCAUAAUCCCCAAUCUCUUGGUUCCAGAUAUUGGGAGAGAAGUGAAAGAAAACAGCAGGAAUAGCUUUGUAUUCAGUUAAAUAUUGUACUUGGUCUAGUGAAUCUCUCAAUCAAUUGCAAACCUAACUGCAAUUAAAAUGCCUUUCUUUUAAGAAAUUAUAUUGCUAUCUAAAUAUUCAUACCACUAUCCCAAGCCUAUGCAUGUCCCUGAUAGUGCUAAAUCUGUUGCUUUUUUAUUGACAUUAAUUACACUUAAUAUUUUUAGUUAUACUGAAUAUCGUGUGUAUAUUUUAUGCAUAUUUGAUCUUCACUUGAUGAUUAAUCUUCCCAUAAUUAUAUAUUACUCCAAUAGAAUAAAAACAAAAUUUUAAUCAAUUUCUUAAAUUGGUUAACAUUUCAUUA